AUGGUCAACCACACAGCAGUUAUGUCCACAAUGCCUGCAUCAACUUCUCUUUACUCUGAUGCUAACAGUACUCUUCCAUUAUCCAACACUGAGGAUACAUGCCCCACAGAGCUGACAGUUGCAAAUAAAACACUUGGAAAAUCUGAUAUGGGCACAUUCCUGUGGGACAAGAAGGUGCAAGGUCUUGUUUUGGGGUCCUUCUUUUGGGGCUAUGUUAUGACACAAGUCAUUGGUGGCUGGCUUGCAACUAAAUUUGGAGGCAAGCGAAUUUUUGGUUAUGGCAUGAUAAUUGCUUCCUUAGCAUCAUUAAUAUCACCAGUUGCUGCUACUACAAGUUAUAUAUUCCUCAUUGCACUGAGAAUUCUAAUUGGAAUGACAACAGGUCUCAGUUUUCCAUCUAUGCAUACAAUUUGGGGAAACUGGGCUCCACCUUUAGAACGUACAAAGCUGCUCUCUUUCACAUAUGCAGGCACUUUUCUAGGAAAUGUUGUAACAUUUCCAAUUUCUGCUCUUCUAUGUGAAUAUGGCUUUGGAGAUGGAUGGUCUUCUGUGUUUUAUGUCUUUGGUGCUGGUGCUAUUAUCUGGACCAUAAUAUGGUUGUUGGUUGUAACUGACACACCAAGUGAGCAUAAACGAAUCACAAAAAUAGAAAAAGACUACAUUAUUCAUAGUUUAAAAGGAGAAGGAACUGUUGGAAAACAGAAAAUAAAGAUUCCCUGGGUGAAAAUGAUGACUUCAAUGCCAGUACAAGCUAUCAUUGUGAGUAACAUUUCUGCAGAUUGGGGCGUAUACACAUUACUGACUGGAAUACCAACUUACAUGAAAGAGGUUCUCAAGUUUGACAUAGCAUCGAAUGGCGUGGCAUCUGCAUUACCAUAUAUUGGUCUCUGGUUACUGAUUAAUGUGUUUGCUUAUUUUGCUGAUUUUGUGAGGAAAAGGAAAAUCUUAAAUACAACAUGGACACGGAAGAUAUUUGAUGCUUCAGGCAAACUGAUUCCUGCAGUUCUAUUAAUUGGCCUUGGCUAUUUAGACUGCAAGCAUCCUUACAUGGCUGUUGCUCUUCUGACCCUUGCUGUAUCCCUCACUGGAUUACAAUACAGUGGCUUCAUUGUGAAUCAUGUUGAUAUUGCUCCACCAGUAGCUGGAAUUCUCUUUGGCAUUUCAAAUUCAUUGGCAGCCAUUACUGGCUUCAUCAGUCCUCUUGUAACUGCUGCUGUAACUCCUAUGGGUACACAAGCUGAGUGGCAAAUAGUCUUCUACAUUGCUGCUGCUGUCUAUUUGUUUGGUGCCAUAUUUUACUUGGUAUUUGCAUCUGGAGAGGUGCAGGAUUGGGUACAGUUGUGUCAUGAACCAAGUAAACAACCUAAAAUUGUUGAAGUUGCUAUAGAACCCUUAAUGUCAGAUGCCAAACCAGUUUAA